ACAUGGCGGCCCCCAGGGCCGCGAUAUCUUCCAAAAAGAUUUGUUGUAGAUAUCGAGUGUUCUUUUACUUUUGUUUCAUCGCACUUGGUCUACAAUUUUUUAUUGGGUUCAACUUCUAUAGAUUCCAAAGUCACAUCGUUGACAAAACAAACACUGUAAGAGUAAAUCCUGAAGAAUAUAAACAUUCUAAUGUAGCCCCUGUUUUGGCAGUUUUGAAUGGAAUUAAGAAAGUGCAAGAUCAACUGAAUAUCAAAGAGAGAAAUCAUAGUUCUUCCCAAAGUGUUUCUUGUUCAAAUGUAUCAAAAGAAGCCCAGUCGGCCAUUAAAAGAGCUAAAACUGAAAAUUGUAAGAAGGAAAUUGUUAAAAUCUCAUGUUUGAAUGAUGCCAAGAAGUUAUACCCACAGAAGCUAUCCAACCUAUGUCAAUCUCAAGGAAAUCAUACUGCUGGAUCAUACAUCGGUUGCUAUAAGGAUAGCCAGACAGAGCGUGACUUGUCCAAUGUGGGAACAAAGUUCAACUCUGACAAUUCACCUCAAAAAUGUUUAGAAUACUGCACAACUGGAGGGUACCAGUAUGCUGGUCUUCAGUACAAGGUUGAAUGUUGGUGUGGGAAUACGUAUAACAAAUAUGGUGACCUGCCUGAGACUUCGUGUCAGACAUCGUGUCCAGGGAACCAAACAGAAACAUGUGGGGGUUAUAACGCCCAGCGGAUAUUUGCUACUGGACUGACAAAGAAGACCCCUGUGCCUGCAACCCUGGUUACAAAUGAAGCUGCUGUAUCGGACCAGACCCCUGUGCGUAUCGCAUUUGUUCUCACCGUUAAUGGACGAGCGGUACGACAGGUGCUCCGACUCAUCAACAUUCUGUAUCGCCCACAACAUUACUACUUUAUUCAUGUGGACAAUAGAUCUGAGUACAUGUUCCAAGAGUUAUUGCCCCUUGAGAAGCUGUUACCAAAUGUUCAUCUGACAAGAUCAAGGUUUGCCACAAUCUGGGGUGGGGCCAGUCUGCUGCAAGCCCACCUGACAUUUAUACGGGAACUUCUGGAUAUGGGUGACUGGGCGUGGGAUUAUUAUAUCAACCUUAGCGAGUCAGACUAUCCUAUCAAGAGGGUGGAGCAGUUGUCAUGGUUUCUGACAAAGUACAAGGGAAACAAUUUCCUGAAAUCCCAUGGAAGAGAAACACAUCUGUUUAUGAAGAAACAGGGUUACUUGUACCUGUUUCACGAGUGUGACAAUCACCUGUGGCGGAUAGGCCAGAGUCCAGUGCCUGCGGGAAUUCGUGUCGAUGGCGGCAGUGAUUGGGUCGGUCUGCAUCGAGAAUUCUGCGAAUAUGCUGUAUCUUCCAGUGACAGGCUUGUUAUAGGACUGAAGGAGUUCUAUAGAUACUGCUUGCUGCCUGUAGAGUCAUUUUUCCAUACACUCCUACUGAACAGCGAAUACUGUGAACGUAUAGUUGACAAUAACCUCCAUCUGACCAACUGGAAACGCAAACAAGGAUGCAAGUGCCAACACAAGAACCAGGUCGACUGGUGUGGAUGUUCCCCUAACGUAUUCAAGUCUGAUGAUCUACAAAGAUUAAUGAGCUACAAAUUAAAGCCAGUGUUUUUUGCGAGGAAGUUUGAACCCGUUAUAAAUAUGGACAUCAUCAACAGCCUUGAUGCCCUGCUAGGAAUGGACAUUUCUGAAUUACCGGCACUUAUCCAUUAUUGGCACAAUGAUUAUCACUACCUGGACCCGCCAAAUGCCCGAACAGACACAUGGAUGUCAUUUAUGUCCUCGUUAGUCCGGCGUGCAAGAGGAAUCUUAGCACAUGCACGAUCCACAUGCACUUCAUCACAUGUCGUCAUCCUGGAAUCUCACAUUCUCAAUGUUGCAGACAGCUUUUACAGAUACCUGAUAAAGUUCAACACCAGCCUGCCUGGGCUUGCUGAGCCUGUUUCCGUUGAGUCCCAGUUCAGUUAUCGGCAACAUUACCUAGUGUUGGACCCACUUGGGCCCAUAGGCCGGCUUAUUACUCUUGAGGUUGGUUCCGAUUUUGAUCCCAAAGAACAGAUAUUCAGAAACUAUCCGAAGUUCCUUGGUCCAGAGAGUGAUGUCCGGUUACGGCAUGUAUGGCGUUACGGCUCUGACUUCAUCAUUGGGGUCGCGUGGGUCGACCCAACUGGAGAGGUAGCGUCAUACCAAGAUGUCACUGUGGGGAAAGAAUCCCUUAUCGAUGCUCAAAAUCCAAAGCUAAAAUCUCCACUUAGACCUGGAGUUUGGAAAGUGAAAAUUCUGUAUAGGUUAAAAGUUUGUGCUGAAGUGCAAUUUCUCAUUUUACCAUUUUCAAUAUAUAAAGGCAAACCACUGACUCGAGAGUUGGUGUCCCAAUUACAUAAUGGGCCACCUGAAGGCAAAUAUGGUUUAAAUAAUUAUAGUGAUAUAAGCGAAACAUUAGGUCUUAAUAGCUCCAAAGCAAUUCAAAGAUUAUCUGUGAUAAAUGGUCAGCGAGUAGGAAAUGACUUGGAGGCUUGGAUUGACCAGUUGACCAUGGAGUUCUGGUCAGUACAGGAUGCGUGUGCAACGGUCAGUGUAGACAACAUAUGUGCACCGAUGGAAAAGUGUAAAGACAUGGCUUGGAGUUCGUUCUCCCCGGACCCAAAGUCAGAUAUUUCUCCUAAACAUUUUAGUUACUGGAAAAAUACUGUAGACACUAAGAUCUGAACAUUUUACAUUUAUGUUAAAGAGUCCUAGUAGAGUAGCUUGGAGUUCUUUUAUUUUUCUCAUUCAGUUUUGGGUUAUUUUCAUUUAGAACUUUAACAUAGUACUAAAAAUCUUAGCAUUAAUUAAAUAUUAGGCCAUAGAAAGUCAUUUUUAGAUGCUGAUGAUUAUUUGAAAGCAAUAAGAUGUUUUUUAUACAAAGAUCAUGCAGUGCAUUUGAUAUUCAGUGCGGUUUUCUGGAUUUUUUAUCCCUUUUCAUGAAUGCUGAAUUAUUGUCAAAUUCAAAAGUUAAGGUGAGCAAUUCGGAGAGUUGGUGGGGGUAUGAGAUUCUGAAUUUCUCUGGCUUUAUCAACAAAUUCAGUAUCCCUAUUGUGCCAAAUUGCAGUUGAAACCAAAUGUUAACUACGCACAACACAAUUUUAUUGUAAGAAUGAAGAAUGUAAUGUUAAUGAAUAUCUACACAAAUUAAUUCAGUCUACACUGAUUCCUUUUUUUUCCACACCUUGAAUAGUGUAGUUUAAUUUUGUUAAUUUAUUUAUUAACUUUGUGCCAAAAAAAUGUUAGUGUUUGUGUUGAAUAUGUAUUCCAAUAUAUGUUUGUAUUUUGUAUAGCGCAUAUUUAGUGAAAACAUGAUUAGAUGUGUAAGUUGUAUAGGCAAAUUUCAGUUGACAUGUAAAUUGAUAUAAACUUGACCUGUUAGUGCAUACCUUCAACUAACAGGUAUAUAGUUACUAAUUCAACCUGUAAGGGCAAAACUUCCGCUAACAGACAUAUAGUUUCAACUUAACAUAUUAGGGCAAAACUUCUGCUAACAGGUGUAUAGUUUCAACUGAACCAGUUACUGCAAAACUUCGCUAACAGAUUUAUUGUUUCAACUCAACCUGUUGGUUCAAAACUUUCGCUAGCAGAUAUAUUGUUUCAACUCAACCUGUUAGUUCAAAACUUGCGCUAUUCUAACAGGUAUAUUGUUUAAAUUAUGACCUACUUGACCUGUAAGUAUUUUAGUGGAGCACCACAUUAAACAAAUCUAGUGUUUUAUGAUUUAAGUAGGGGAAACCAUGAGUAACCAAGUCAUCUACAUUUCUCUGUAAGAAACAAAGACCGUGCAAUUAAAAUCUAGCAUUACUGAUGUUAAAUAUUCCGUGGAAUUAAAAAAAACAGUACUGUCGAUGUUCAUUAUUCAGUAUUUUGUUUUGCUGUGUGUACAUUUAGCCAUGAUGUCCUUUUGACAUAAUUUUUGAGAAUAAAAAUUAUUUGUAAAAAAGAAAAUAUCUGGAAAAAAAACUUGUGUUAUACUUAUAUGUAUUUUCAUCAUAACCGGCAUUCUGUGAUGCAACAUCAUGUGAUCGCUUUCAGUUUAAUUAUUCAAAAUGUAUACCACCUGCUUAUAUGAAUGUAUUUAUUUCACUGAGACGUCUCAGUUGUUUUCAAUGAGUGCACAAACCAAAUAUUGGAAAUUGGUCACUAAUUGAAAUGUGUUAUAUAAAACUUACUGCAUCAGAAUUGAACUAUUUAACAUUGUUUUUCAAAAAUAAACCAUAUAACCUCUUGGAAUUACAAAUUUGCAAAAAGUGAUCAUAAAUACAAUUGCUGACAAGAGCGUCGGACCCUUCAUCCUGAUAUUGUCAGCAUUGCUUCCAGAAAUGUUACUUACCAGUUAUUGACUUAUGGAAUUGAACAAAAAUAGGAAAAUGUUUAUCCAUAGGCUUCCAAAUUGGCUUUGUUGCUGUAUUUGUUGCUGUAUUUGCUACAUGCAUGUAUACACAGGUGCUUUUUUAAAGUUAUUUUUUGUAACAUUUAUUAGCAGCAUAAUGGUAGUAUCAAUAAAGUGUCAUUUUUGAGUUCUAUACUAAUGUACUUUGGUAUUUUAUUUGAUUAAAAAAUGAACCUCUGUAAA